AUGAAAAGACCCGAUUGCUCUGGUUCGACAUUCUUCAUUCCAAAUCAAUUCAGUCUCCUCACACUCCUUCGCCUCGGUUCCCUUUUGCAGAUAACUCUCAGUGCCAUCCUUCCCCUCCGUUACUCCGCAAUUCCCUGUGUGACCAUUCUCCUUAUCUCCAUUUUCACCACGAUCGGACAAUGCCUCAAACCGAAGACAAAUAAUUUCAUGUCCGACGUUGUUCCCGGACGAGCCACAGCUCAAAUUCCGAGCAAAAAUGGAAAAUACGGCCCCGGACCGGGGAACGGCUCGGUGUUUUGCCCCGCACAUGCUCGAGAUCUCGAAAGGAUUUCUGGCCAUGCAGAGGAUAUCAUUCGCCGAAAGGAUGAGCUUGGACUUCUGGCUGUUCAGAACUGGCGAGGCAAUGAACGCAACUCCAACAACACGACACUCGUUAAAUAUUUCUUCAGGGAUGUGGAGAGUACCCGGAAAUUCGCUCAUGAACCGCUACAUAAGGAGACUUGGGCAUACUAUAACCAGCAUAACCCAGGUCACAUUGGGAUCUUCCACGAGACGUUUACUAUAAAAGACGGAUAUGAGAGUAUGUAUGUAAAUUGCCAUCCAAUUCUGCUUGGACAAGGCGAAAUGAAGGGAAAUAGUCGGAAGGACAGCGCAGAACGGUGGAUGGGGACGCUUGUCGAUGCUGAUACGCCAGGCUUGAAAUCAUUCAAAGCGAGAUUGGUAAAGAUGCUUGGGACUCGAAAUGAUGCCCAUUUUCGAUUUCCAGCGGGUACCACAGGGAUCUUUUCAGUAUAUACACACUGCAGAACCUGUUUGAUGAAGAUGAUCGGGAUUUACAUAAUUCGAAUGCGUUCGGUGACCAUAAGACACGCGGACGCCGGAUGCACCAGUUACGCGGAUGCGCAGGCUAAUGGUCCUUUUCACUUGACCGUUCUGACCAGCCCCGACUUCCAGUUUCUUAUGUUGCCUUCUUUUGGCUGGAAUCGCCAUUUGCAACAUCUGGUAUUGGGAUAG